UUAAUUGUUAAUGACGAUGAUGAUUACGAUUUAACAGUUUCUACCAUUUACUUGUUGAAAUUUAUUUGGUGGUUGAACAUUUAGCUAAUUGUUACCAUUAUAAUUGUGAUCAUUUGCCCAGUGAUUAAAAAUGGUUGACCUACGAACUGAAAGUUCAGUCAUUCGUGAAUUUUUAGCUGAAUUUUUGGGAACUUUUAUAUUAACUACUUUAGGCUGUUGUGUUAAUGCAGCAUCAGCUGUUUCUAAACAUGGACCGGUCAGUGGAUUAACUGGACCAUGGGGAUGGGGCCUCGCGUUAACAGCAUCAAUUUAUGUCUCUGGUGGUGUAUCAGGGGGACAUGUUAAUCCAGCAGUAACAUUAGGAAUGGCAGCAAUUGGUAAAUUGUCUUGGCUCAAAGUACCUCAUUAUUUUGCCGCUCAAUAUAUUGGGUCAUUUUUUGGUGCAAUGGUCACUUACUUUGUCUACAUUGAAGCGAUCACCACAAAUUUUGGCAUUGAUUUACAAACCGAAGGCUCAAAUGCAACGGCAGGUAUCUUCGGCACUUUCCCCCAGCCUGACGUUUCAAUUGGCACCUGUUUCCUUGACCAGGUCAUCUGUGUCUCUUUGUUUCUCCUCAUCAUCCAAGCGAUCACCGAUGAACGAAACAUGGCCUGUCCCAAAGGACUAAUUCCAAUAGCGAUUGGAAUUGCUGAUUUGUCUUUGAUGAUUUUCGCCUUCGGAUUCAAUUGCGGUGCUCCGAUCAAUCCAGCUCGAGAUUUCGGUCCAAGACUUUUCUCCUCCCUGGUUGGAUAUGGCGGUGAAGUUUUCUCUUUACGUGGUUACAAUUACUUUUGGCUUCCAUUGGUUGCCCCUCAUAUCGGAGGAAUCGUCGGCUCUUGGAUAUAUGUAAUUUGUAUUAGUCUUCAUUGGCCAGCACAAUCGUUUGAAGUUGAAAGAACAUACGUAGAAAUGAAUACAGUUAAAUAGGCCGAUUAUCAUGGUUUCCAUCAAUUUCUCAUUCUAAUUGUUAUUUAAUUAACACAAAAGAUUCAUAAGAAAUAAGUUGAUUUCUAAGUACAAACAUUGCGGAUAAAGACAGUCAAUAUACAUCAAUUAUCAAUCUUAAUUACUACCUGAUCAUUUAUACAAUAAUCUCAUUUGUUAAUUGAUUUCUCAUUUAUUAUUAUCACGGAGAAAAAAAAAUCUGAUCCUGAAAAUCAAAAUUCAACGAAUCAACUUGAUCUAUUAACGACGAAAAUGUAACUUUUUCAAUGAUCGAUUACAUUAUAACUUAUGAUUCUUAAAUUAUCAUUAAACAAUCAGCUUUCUAUUACAAUUAGUUAAUCAACAACGUGCAAUCAAUUUUAAAUAUCAUGAACUUCACCAUUAAAAUAUAUCAGUUGAUAA